AUGUUCCAGCUGUGCCGCCCCCGCGGGGGCCGCGCCCUCCUGGGGCUGCGGCUGCUCCGGGGCCCCCCCGGGCCCGCCCGGCCCCUCAGCUACCGGCCCCUGCGCAAGGUCCUGGUGGCCAACCGGGGUGAGAUCGCCAUCCGCGUGUUCCGGGCCUGCACGGAGCUGGGCAUCCGCACGGUGGCCGUGUACUCAGAGCAGGACACGGGCCAGAUGCACCGGCAGAAGGCGGACGAGGCGUACCUGGUGGGCCGGGGGCUGCCCCCCGUGCAGGCCUACCUGCACAUCCCCGACAUCAUCCGGCUCGUCCAGGAGAACGAGGUGGACGCCAUCCACCCCGGCUACGGGUUCCUGUCGGAGCGGGCGGAUUUCGCCCAGGCCUGCCUGGACGCCGGCGUUCGCUUCGUGGGGCCGCGGCCCGAGGUCGUGCGGCAGAUGGGAGACAAAGUGGAGGCCCGGGCCAUCGCCAUCGCCGCGGGGGUGCCGGUGGUGCCGGGGACGCCGUCGCCGGUGUCGGCGCUGGCCGAGGCUCGGGACUUCGCCUCCCGCGUCGGCUUCCCCGUCAUCCUCAAGGCCGCGCACGGCGGCGGCGGCCGCGGCAUGAGGGUGGUGCGAGCGCCCCAGGAGCUGGAGGAGAACUUCUCCCGCGCCACCUCGGAGGCUUUGGCCGCCUUUGGCAACGGGGACCUGUUCGUGGAGAAAUUCAUCGAGCGCCCGCGGCACAUCGAGGUCCAGAUCCUGGGUGACGCCCACGGGAAUGUGGUCCACCUCUACGAGCGCGACUGCUCGGUGCAGCGCCGGCACCAGAAGGUCGUGGAGAUCGCCCCGGCCGCGCGGCUGCCGCCCGAGCUCCGCGCCCGCCUGGCCGACGACGCCGUGCGCCUGGCCCGGCAGGUGGGCUACGAGAGCGCCGGCACCGUGGAGUUCCUGGUGGACCAGAGCGGGGAGUAUUACUUCAUCGAGGUCAACUCGCGGCUGCAGGUGGAGCACACGGUCACCGAGGAGAUCACCGACGUGGACCUGGUGCACGCGCAGCUGCAGGUGGCCGCGGGCCGCUCGCUGCCCGAGCUGGGGCUGCAGCAGGAGCGGAUCCGCAUCAACGGCUGCGCCAUCCAGUGCCGCGUCACCACCGAGGACCCCGCGCGCGGCUUCCAGCCCGACACCGGCCGCAUCGAGGUGUUCCGCUCCGGGGAGGGGAUGGGCAUCCGCCUGGACGGCGCCUCGGCGUUCCAGGGCGCGCUCAUCUCGCCGCACUACGACUCGCUGCUGGUCAAGGUGGUGGCGCACGGCCCCGACCAGCCGGCGGCCGCCGCCAAGAUGAGCCGGGCGCUGGCCGAGUUCCGCAUCCGCGGGGUCAAGACCAACAUCCCGUUCCUGCAGAACGUGCUGGCUCACCCGCAGUUCCUGGCGGGCGAGGCCGACACGCAGUUCAUCGACGAGAACCCCGAGCUCUUCCACCUGCGGCCCAGCCAGAACCGCGCCCAGAAGCUGCUGCACUACCUGGGCCACGUGAUGGUGAACGGGCCCAGCACCCCCCUGCCCGUGAAGGCCAAGGCGGCGCUGGUGGAGCCGACCCCGCCCCCGGUGCCCAUGGGCGCGCCGCCGCCGGGGCUGCGGGCCGUGCUGCAGCGCGAGGGCCCCGCGGGCUUCGCGCGGGCGCUGCGGCGGCACCGGGGGCUGCUGCUGACCGACACCACCUUCCGCGACGCCCACCAGUCCCUGCUGGCCACGCGCGUCCGCACCCGCGACCUCGCCCGCGUCGCGCCCUUCGCGGCCCACGCGCUCAGCCCCCUGUGCAGCAUGGAGACCUGGGGCGGCGCCACCUUCGACGUGGCCAUGCGCUUCCUGCACGAGUGCCCCUGGGAGCGGCUGCGGGAGCUGCGGCGCCUCGUGCCCAACAUCCCCUUCCAGAUGCUGCUGCGCGGCGCCAACGCCGUGGGCUACACCAACUACCCCGACAACGUCGUGCAGCGGUUCUGCGAGGUGGCCGUGGCCAACGGCAUGGACAUCUUCCGCGUCUUCGACGCCCUCAACUACGUGCCCAACCUGCUGCUGGGCGUGGAGGCGGCGGGCAGCGCCGGCGCCGUGGUGGAGGCCGCGCUCUCCUACACCGGCGACGUGGCCGACCCCACGCGCACCAAGUACAGCCUGGACUACUACCUGGGGCUGGCCCGCGAGCUGGUGGCAGCGGGGACACACGUGCUCUGCAUCAAGGACAUGGCGGGGCUGCUGACGCCCACGGCCGCCCGGCUGCUGGUGGGGGCCCUGCGGGAGCAGCACCCCGAGGUGCCCCUGCACGUGCACACCCACGACACGGCCGGCGCCGGCGUGGCCUCCAUGCUGGCGGCCGCCCAGGCCGGCGCCGACGUGGUGGACGUGGCCGUGGACGCCAUGUCCGGCAUGACCUCCCAGCCCAGCAUGGGCGCCGUGGUGGCCUGCACCCGCGGGACCCCGCUGGACACAGGCAUCGACCUGGAGCGCGUCUUCGAGUACAGCGAGUACUGGGAGGCGGCGCGGGGCCUCUACGCCGCCUUCGACUGCACGGCCACCAUGAAGUCCGGCAACGCCGACGUCUACGAGAACGAGAUCCCGGGCGGGCAGUACACCAACCUGCACUUCCAGGCCCACGCCAUGGGGCUGGGACACAAGUUCAAGGAGGUCAAGAAGGCCUACACCGAGGCCAACAAGAUGCUCGGGGACCUCAUCAAGGUGACGCCCACCUCCAAGGUGGUGGGGGACCUGGCGCAGUUCCUGGUGCAGAACGCGCUGUCGCGCGCCGAGGCCGAGGCGCGGGCGGACGAGCUCUCCUUCCCCCGCAGCGUGGUGGAGUUCCUGCAGGGCCACAUCGGGGAGCCCCCGGGCGGCUUCCCCGAGCCCCUGCGCUCCCGCUUACACGCAGUUACACAGCAGUUACUCAUGGUUUACUCGCAGGUGGAGCUGGAGCGGGGCAAGACGCUGCACAUCAAGGCGCUGGCGCUCGGGGACCUGAACGCGGCCGGGCAGCGCGAGGUUUUCUUUGAGCUCAACGGGCAGCUCAGAUCCAUCCUGGUCCGGGACACGCAGGCGCUCAAGGAGAUGCACGUGCACCCCAAGGCCGAGAAGGGCGCCAAGGGCCAGGUGGGCGCCCCGAUGCCCGGGGAGGUGGUCGAGGUCCGGGUGCAGGAGGGGGCGGCGGUGGCCAAGGGCGACCCGCUGUGCGUGCUCAGCGCCAUGAAGAUGGAGACCGUGGUGACGGCGCCCGUGGCGGGCAAGGUCACCAAGAUCCACGUGCGCCCCGGGCUCAGCCUCGAGGGCGACGACCUCAUCGCCGUCAUCGAGUAGAUGUUGGGGGGUUCCCCCCCAAAAAA